UGGACAUUGAAAUUCGGUUACGCAUAUGAUAUAAAUAGAGUCAGAGUUAUAUUAAGGUGAAGUGUUACUGCCAACCCCCGCUUAUUUAGAACGACCUGGAAAAUUAUUUGGCACUAACCACCAUCCGGGUUUCACACUAGUGAUGUACACAUUACUGCGGGGUUUGUGGCAAUAUAUAUCACAAAGGGAUGAGUUUUCUGUUCUCAUACUAGGUUUGGAUGGCGCUGGAAAAACAACUUAUUUAGAACAAGCUAAAAUAAAUUUUGUUCCGAAUUAUAAAUCUAUUCCAAUUCAGAAAAUCACUACUACUGUUGGUCUAAAUAUCGGAUACAUUGAGGUUGAUGGGAUCCGGCUUAAAUUUUGGGAUCUCGGCGGUCAAGAAGAGCUUCAAUCCUUGUGGGAUAAGUACUAUGCUGAAUCAAACGGUGUUAUUUACGUCGUUGAUUCUGCAGAUAGCGAUCGUUUUGAUGAAUCUAAAGAUGCAUUUGAUAAGAUGGUAAGAAACCCUGUACUGGAAGGUGUGCCGUUACUGGUUCUAGCUAACAAGCAAGAUAUGCAGAGUGCAUUCCAUUUGUCUGAAAUAAACAAAGUAUUCUACGACAGUUUACGUCUUGUUGGGCAACGUCAAUGCACAUUUCAUGGUGUCAGCGCACUUAACGGAUAUAACCAUUUCAGUCGACCUAGUGUUAUUUCUCGGUUUGGUUAGUGUUUUAUAACAUAUGGGUUUGUUGUGCACUGUCAGGAGGAAACGUCUUGAGUGCAUUUGAACUUUAAAUUUAUUUUGUUCGAUAAAACGCACAACUCUUAUAUAGUGUUUCAAUGUCGGACAUGGAAAGAUAUACUUCAGAGACAAAGAUUUUUCCAUAACACUGUUAGUAACUUCUUCACUCCCAAGUGUUGAAUAUAUUAUGAGGAUGACAAAGCAUAUCGAAAUACCGAUGGUUUCAAGCAAAUUGAGCACUGGAUUGGAAGUUUAUAGUAGGAACUUUUCGUUUACUCUGAAAAAGUGGCUUAUAUUAAGUUGCGAAACGUCAGAAGUACAAUUUACUACUCAUUGGAAUAUCACAAGAAAUAUGUUCAUUAGUGUAUCGAAAUAAAUUACUCACCUCCAAUUAAUAAGAUGGAUGUAAAAGCAUUGCUUUCAAAGUCAGUGACCACUUACUCCGCAAAAAUUAAUUAAAGAUACGAAGUAUACUUGUCCUUUUGUUAGUAAAGUCGGUUGAUUAAAAUGCAGAUCUUCAUCAACUGAAGUGACUUGGAUAUCUGCUUUGCAUGCCUACCUCAAAGCACAAUGGUAGUUGGGGUAGAAAGUGGAGAGGCUGAACCAAGAUAUGGGGUCUGUUCAUGAAUUUAUUGACUGUUAAACUAAGUUGUGCUGAUAAAUUCAGACUACCUAGCUAAAGAAAGUGUGGACGGAAGUUGGACACAGACGACAUGGCUCAGAAUUAGAUUGUUUUCCAGUGUAGACACCUAUGUUUUUGUUUCUUAGUUGUCUUAAAAUGUAGUUGUUUAUUGUUGUUGAUAAUAUCCAAGACUGUUAACGAUUUCUAAGUAGGAACAGUUGACAGUUUUCCGGCCCCAAAACUAAAGAGUUAGGUCUCCUACUGUCAUGUCCUCCUUAAUCUCAUCAGUGAGCAGAAUGAUAAGCAUCUUUUGUUAAGACAUAAUUUGGUGUAAUUUAUCUCGAUAUUUUAGUGUAUACAGUAACACACCGUAAAAAGUACUAUUGAAGACCAUGUUCUCUUUUAAGAAUCGAUGGAACGACCUUGUAAUAACAGAGCUAGAGAUCAAUAAUUUUAGCCUUAGAAACCAGGAAAAGUAUAUAGCAAUAUAAUAGGUUAAAGAUAAAAUGACAGAUAAUAGAGUACCCCAGUAUUCUAUGCUUGAAACUUUCCAGAUAUCUACACCAAACGCUACUUUACUUUAACUAACCAAAGAAAGUAGUUGGAUCGAUGAACGCCAGUCUAUUAGCGUGAUCCUGUUGUGUCAUCGAGAGAUACAUUUACACCUAGUUGUCCAGAAUAUUAAAAGCAAUCAUCAUUUCUUGCUACGGAGUUUUCACCAAUCGACUAAUUAGUUGUAUAACAUCUUGCUUCUAACAUAUUAACGCUGUCUCUACAUUCUGAUGUUUACACUUUGAUAGGGAGGGAAUAAACAGCAGUAUCAAGUGGAUUGCUGAUAAGGUUAAAGGUAACGCUAAACAAAGGCCACCAAAACAACUUGAAAUCCCGUAACGUGUCUUCGUAAAACCAUUUGUCUGUUCAGAAAGUACUAAAAGGAUUUUGCGGUACUACACAAUUCUAUUUAACAUCUUUUGUCAAGUUUAAUAGUAAAUGCAUGUAAAUCUGUAUCAUAAAAAAUAUAACGAAAAUGUAUAUUAA